CAAUAAAUCGCCCGGUAGGUUGCUGGGCUCGUUGAGAAGCCUUGUUAGCUCAGGUACAGUUAGGAUGGUUGAGCUGCCGGUUUGAAAGUUUUCUGCUGCUCUCCGUGGAAACUGAAUCAGCGUGUGGCUUUGAAAGGCUGUUUAGCAGCUGUUUAGCAGAGGUCAACUGAACAGGUAUCAAUCAAUGAUGGAUGUCAAGAAAAAGACCUUCUUAGAGAACUUGCGUCUGAAAACUAGGUUGCCCAACCUGAAGAAGCCCGGUAAGAAGGCACUUGCCAAGCAGGGGAGGCAGCUGGUCCAUCGGCGCAGUAUUUCUGUACCAGACCUAAGGUUGGUGCCAGGUGAAGCAUUUUUUACAAAGACCUUGGUGUCCCCUGACUAUGAUGCCAUCUCCUUUGAGAUUUCUCCCCAUUUGAGUGAUACUGAUUCUACUGCAAGUGGCUCAGUCACUGAUGGACCACCUUUCACAGACAAAUUGAGUGACUCAAUCCCGGAAACUAAACUCAGGGUUCCUACAGAUCACGCAGGUGCAGCUUUGAAUAGAAUAAGUGCACCAGUAGAGACAAUGAACCUUUAUGAGGAAACUGAUGAUGUGAACUUGACUCGAGAACCCUUGUAUGCACGGGUGGAUAAAAGAGUCAAGUGGAAUACACCUAAAUUUACUUUUGACCCUAUUCCUGCACCAAGAUCUGUUUUUACCAAUGCACAAGUUCUUUCACCAAGACCAGACCUCGCAGAGAGAGAGAGUCUCUCUGGUGAAGACACCCCAGCAGAGAAAAUGCUUUCAGGUAAUGUUGCUUCCGCACUGGCCAGAGCAAACACACUGGGAGACCAAGCGAACCCAUGCAUAGAAAAGAGGACCACAUCAAAUGACCAGAGAAAGACAUCAUCUGAAAAAGGGACUCCACCAACAAUCAGAGAAACUGCUCGUCCAGACAUGAUGCCUUUGACAUUAGAUACUCUGGGUACUCCUUUCGAGAGUGCUGACGGUACCUCACUGGACUCUGCCUGUGGCACCCUCAGUGAGGACCGAGUCAACAUGCCCUGGACGACAGACUCGGAGGAACUGGACCGCGAUCCCUGCUCUCCCUUUUUGGGGAGAGAGUUCUAUACUGAACAGGCUCUGCUAGAAGAAGCCCAGCAUGACGAGACCCUGGAAGAAAUAGCAGAGAUAUCCAGUGAACUGCAUGACCUCUUCGAAGAAAAUUUGCAAGAUCUUUUAGAAAACUCUGUUAUGACGGCAGGGUCUGAGGUCCAAGCACCUCUCCCGUUCCAGCGAUAUCUCCUGAGCAUCAACUUAAAGCAGGGAAGGAACCUGGUCAUCAGAGACAAACGCUCCGGUACUAGUGAUCCCUAUGUGAAGUUCAAACUUGAAGGAAAACAGUUCUAUAAAAGCAAAGUGGUUUAUAAAAACCUCAACCCACAGUGGAAUGAAUCCUUCUCUCAUCCUCUGCGAGAUCGAGAACAUAUUGUGGAAGUUCGAGUCUAUAAUAAAAAUCGAACUGCUGACGAGUUCAUGGGUUCCAGCACUAUUCCCCUAAAAAUUCUUGAAUUGUACAAAACCUAUGAAAUGGAGUUGUGUCUUGUUGAUCCAAAAAGUAAAGAAGAUGACAUGGGAAUUAUCAUUGUUGAUGUCUGCUUAAUGUUUAGAGAUGCCACCAUCAAAAGAAGCCCUAGAUGGCCAGCAAAGAAGAAUAAGCAGAACCAAGCCACACCAUCCCAGCGGCUACCUGAAAUGCAAAAGAAUCAGCUGAAGAACCAGAAGUGGACUGGGGUGCUCGGUAUCACUUUGGUGGAGGGACAGGACCUGCCGCAGUAUGGCCAUGGGGACAUUUAUGUCCGCUUUCGCCUUGGUGAUCAGAAGUACAAGAGCAAGAACCUUUGCAUUCAGGCCAAUCCCCAGUGGAGAGAGCAGUUUGACUUCAAUCAGUUUGAAGAUAACCAGGAGCCCCUGCAGGUGGAGGUGUACUCAAAGAGAGGGAGGAAGGGUGAGGAAUCAUGGGGAAUUUUUGAGAUUGACCUAUCAAGACUCUCACCUAAUGAGAGGAAGCUCUACACUCAUGUGCUGGACCCAGGAAAGGGCAGGCUAGUGUUUUUGGUCACCCUGAGACCCUGCUGGGGAGUCUCCAUCUCUGACAUUGAAACAGCUCCCCUGGAGAAACCUGAUGAGAAAAACACAAUAGUGGAGAAAUUUAGCUUAAAGAACUCUCACAAAUGUGUGGUGGAAGUUGGCUUCCUUCAGGUCAAGGUUAUAAAGGCAAAUGAUCUUCCUGCAACAGACCUCAAUGGAAAAAGCAACCCCUUGUGUGUUAUUGAGCUUGGUAACAGCAAACUGCAAACUCACACAAUCUACAAGACUGUCAAUCCGGAGUGGAAUAAAGCCUUUACAUUGCCAGUUAAGGACAUUCAUGAUGUGAUAGAGUUGACUGUCCUUGAUGAAAAUGGAGACAAAACCCCAAACUUUUUGGGAAAAGUGGCCAUUCCUUUACUGAGUGUUAAGAACGGGCAGCAGAUAUGUCUGUCCUUGAAGAAGGAAGACUUGGGAAGUGCAUCCAAAGGAACCGUCACACUGGUACUGGAGGUUAUCUAUAAUACAGUCAGGGCUGGUAUCAGAACCUUCCAACCAAAGGAGACAAAAUUAAUGGAGGAAAACCUGAAGUUCUCCAAAAAGGUUCUUGCCCGGAAUAUAUAUCGGGUUCGAAAUAUCAGCACAGCAGUUCUGUACACGUUACAGUACAUUAAAAGCUGUUUUCAAUGGGAGAGCACGCAACAGAGUCUAAUAGCCUUUCUGAUCUUCCUUGUGACGGUGUGGUACUGGGAGUUCUUCAUGCUGCCCCUCUUCCUGCUUCUGCUCAUUGGCUGGAACUACUUCCAGCUCACUGCGGGGAAGGCCAACUCCAACCAGGACCUGGUGAACAUGAGCAUGGGUGACGACGAAGAGGAAGACGAGAAGGAAUCCGGAAAAAAGGGUUUGAUGGAUAAGAUACAUAUGGUGCAGGAAGUAGUACUGGUUGUCCAGAAUAUUUUGGAAGAAAUCGCAAACAUCGGAGAGCGAAUCAAGAACAUUUUCAACUGGUCUGUCCCCUUCUUGUCAUGCCUGGCCUGCUUAGUGCUGUUUCUGUCAACAGCUCUAUUAUAUUUUAUCCCGCUGCGGUAUAUUGUGCUGAUAUGGGGCGUUAACAAAUUUACCAAGAAGCUGCGCAACCCAUACACUAUUGACAAUAAUGAAAUACUGGAUUUCCUCAAGAGGGUGCCUUCUGAUGUUCAAAAGGUGCAGUACAGCGCGCUGAGAGCGCCCACCAGCCAGAGUCAGCCACGGAGGAAAAGGUAGGCUCCGCGGACAUGCUGAAUGAAAGGCUGGUCUCCUUUUGAAUACAGUACACCGCGGUCUACCUGACAACAAUGCUUCAACGCUAGCAGAGCCUAUGACCCUGUGCACCCCACCAUACCACCCUAACUCUGCCCCCUGCUGAUGAGGGGCAGCCAGCCACUCUCUGGCAUGUGUGUUUGCCACCCCCCUGACAGGGGCUGUGAACUGCAGCAGCUAGGAGGGCAGCACAUGCUGCUGUCAAUCACAAGCCUGGAGGUAAAGAAAAGAGAGCACUGCAAGGCUCAGCCUUCAUCUUCGGAUAUAGUUUAGAAAAGGAAUGAAAAGCAUCGGGUUUGGUUUAGCUUAGAAUUCAACUUUUUUGCUUUUUUUGACUUUGAAAUUUUUCCUUAAGGUAAAGUUAGUACAAGCUUAACAGUUUAUGGAAAACAAACCACGGCAAUGUUUUUUUCUAUUUCCAUGUGUUCAUAUAAUUAAAGCUUAAAAGGUCAUAUAUAUUGCAGAUAUUUAAAUAAUCAGGGAGAAUUAUUAAGACUUAACGUAUUAAGACAGUACUGAAUUGUACUAUCACUGUUGUAAGGAUUUAUUGUAUAUAACAUAAUGCUGUCAGCUUUCUUAAUCUGAUCUCAGCAACAAAUAUAUAUGUACUGUAUGUGUUGUUGUCUUUGGCUGACUUUAUUUUUUUAAAUUAAAGCUUUUUUAUGUUGUAUAUCAUGUCACUGAUUAAUUUGAGGGUGUUUUUUACUCAGUAUCAUGUCGACAUCAUCAAAUGGAGAAUUAGCAAAAAUCCUGAAUAAAGAAUGAUCAGUUUGA